AUGGAUACAUUAGAUUCCGAAGAAAUUAGACCGAGCAAUGCGGAAAAUGAAAAUGAAAACGAAAACGAAAUAAAUGACGAAGACAAUUAUGAUGGUCUUGUUUACAAUGUCGGAGACAUCGAAGUCGUAAUAAAAGACGAUUUUGCUAAUAACGAUAAUCUACCAGUAAGUUUUAGUUUAGUAGUAGAGCUUGACGAUGUAAUGACCAGCGUAAAUACAAGUUCAACAACCGCCAACCAAAGCUUGAAUUCAGUGGCAAUCGAAAUUGCAAAGCAUCUACAAGUGCAAAUAAAAAAAGGAUCGGAAUAUUAUUGGGAAAUUCGCAAAACCCAUGUCAACAAGAAGGACGGCGAAUUUACAGUGUACUUGGGUUGUACGCAGAGAGAUGAUCGUCAAUCCAAUCCCAAUGAAGAAUCAAGCAAGUAUGAACGCGAGGUUAGACCGGCUAUUCAACGUCAUCAAUGUAAAGGCAACAUAAAAAUGAAAAUCGAUCUCCUCCAAAGAAAGGCUAGAAUCUCGUUCAGUCAUCAAAGCAGUCACGAAAAGCCAACCCAUAGAAACAUUAAUCUCUCCGACGAAGCUAUAAAUUGGAUAAAAAAUAAUAUUGGUUACGGCAUACCUAAGGUUGAAUUUUACAAGAGACUAUCUAAUGAUGAAUUGAUUGACCCGGAAAAACAUACAUACCAACAAGUGUAUUAUUGGGUGGCAAAAUUAUCAAAAAGUCAAUUUGUUACUGAUACCAAAAAUCAGCUUAAGUCAUCCAAAAAUUUCCUUGAACAUUGUACGCAAGUGGAUGGUGGUUAUAAAGUAAUUUAUUAUCUCGAAAACAAUUUUGUAAGGGCUCUAGGGUUUACUACACCAUUUUUACAGCUUAUUGAGAGGAGUAACAUCACUGAGCUUAUUGUCGAUUCAACUUUUAAGACAAAUCAAGAACGCUUUGAACUUUUCGCUGCCAUAGUCAAUAAUGGCGGAUAUGGCAUACCGCUGGCAUACCUGUACCUAGACACGUUUGCUCCUUUAGAAGACCUGCCGAACAAUCAAAGUGAUAACAGGAUUCAAAAUCACAUUGGUCAAACUAAUGCAAUAGAGGCUGCAUGGGAUGAGAGAACGAUUGUGCAAAUCUGUCUUUGGCAUGUCGAGUAUGCAGUAGAAAGAAAAAUGCGAGAGACAAAAGAAAAAAACAGUCAAUACACAAUAAAUGUAGCACAGGCGGCUAACAGCCAAUUUAAAUUUAUCGAUCCACAAUGGCGACCAAGCAAUAAUGCAACAGUUUGUCCAGAAGAACACAGAAAGGAUGUAUUACUGAUGAUAAAAAAGCAUGCACUCGCACAUCCUUUGAUUACCAAUAAGUAA